AUGCUAUUCUACUGUGUGCUAUCCCUCCUAGCGAGCGUGUGCUGGGCGUCGUCCACCUUGGACGCUUCCAAUGGUGGCGUCUGUGCUUUCGUCAGCACACAAGGCGGCAAGAAUGCUUCCGUGACCCUCACAGGGUCCAAGGACGCCGUGCCAGCGCUUAUCUUCCACUACCCUGAUAUCCUCAAUUUCACUUCCAUCCCGUCGAUCGAGCAUUGGUUCGUGGAAUACGAACACAAGGAUGUGCUCUAUGAGGGGGUUGUCGAUUUCGACAACAACCAAUUCGUGGUCAAGCCAUACGCAGACAGACCGGUCGACAGCGCCUACAACGGGUACGUGGGCCCUGACCACGACGUGGAGUAUCCCGUCACGUCGUCUGGAAUCUACUGUGUGUACGUAGCCGUACCCAGCGGCACCAGCCCCCAAAUAAGUGUCACUUUCCACCAGGGCCAUGGCAAGUUGCCUUACCUCAGCUACGUGUUCUACACCCAGCAGAAAUGGGUGGUACUCGUGGGCACCGUCAUCUUUGCCUACUUGUUCCACUACAUCUUGCGGUUCAAGGUCGACUCCAACGUCGGCAACUUGGACUCCAUUUCCUUGAUCUCCAAGGGAGUCAUUUUCUUCGUGCUCUUCCCCUACAUCCUCCUAGCCUUCACCCAGCUAGUCAUUGGCUUCUUCAAGAACAGGUUCGAUUCGUCCAUCAUCCUCUACUUGGCCGAAACCACCAACGUUCUCCUCUACUCAGGCUUCAAUGUGGUCCUCCAGUUCUUCGUACUUCUUCUUGCCAUGGGAUAUGGCGUGAUUUACUACCACGAGGGCGGCUCCAGGAACUACCGCUUGUUUCCUACUGUCUACUUGAAGAAAGCAUCGGUCUUAUUGUUGAUCAACUUGUCCUUGCUUGCAAUCAUAGUGGUUUUUGGUAAAUUCAUUUUCAGCGCAACCUCCCCCAUGGCCUCCAACGAUGACCCAUUGUCCAUGCUCUACCUUGGCCUUGGUGGUCAGAACUUCAAGUUGACCGGUCUUCAAAAGGUGCUAUUGCUGUUGUCGUACAUCUUGUCGCUUUUCAACACCGUCUGGUUCGUUGUCACCGUGUACUACUACUUCAAAACGAGAAAGACCAUCAACUCGUUUCCCCCCUCGGAAAACGAGGACGCCAAUUCCAGAAUCAUCAAGUCCUACAGACGCUCCGUGUUGGUGAUUUUCGUGUUGCCUCUUCUCAUAGGCCUUCUUGGUGUUUCGAUUGGAAUUUACCGCACUAUGAACAACGUUUCCGACGAACGUCUUGAUUUCAGCGAAAGCAGGAUUGAUGUCAACUUAUCUGUCUUGUCGAUGUUGGUAUUAGAGAACACAUUGACUGGUCAAUUGCACAUUCUCUUUAUUACCCAGCACUUGUCGUUUUUCUUGAUGGUGAUACUACUCUUUGCAAUCUGGAUCAAAGACAAUAACGGAUUGAUUGUCGAAAAGGGUACAGUAUUAGACGGGCAGUUUGACGUUGAGAGCGAGGACGAAAUGACCAUUUGA